AUGACCGCCUGGCCCGGCCCAACCAAGCACCCAAAGUCCCAAACCCUCGUCGGCCUCCCCGAGCACGAGCGCACCAUGGCGAAGCCGCGAGCGCGGGCACCUGCGCCGCCGGAGCUGAUGGAGGACGCCGUCGAAGAGAUCCUCCUCCGCCUCCCGCCGGACGAGCCCGCGGCCCUCGUCCGCGCCUCCCUCGUCUGCAAGCCGUGGCGACGAAUAGUCUCCGACCCCGCCUUCCUCCGCCGGUACCGCCGCUUCCACCCAACCCCUCCGCUGCUCGGCUUCUUCAACGAGUUGUACGGCGCGGCACCCGAGCGCCGCUUCGUCCCCACCACUCCAGCCUCCCCCUUCCCCAAGGCGGCGUUCGACCGCCGGAGUUGGGCCGCCGUCGACUGCCGCCACGGCCGCGUUCUCCUCCAAAAGGAGAAAGCUGGGGGCAACUUCGUUGUUUGGGAUCCGAUCACCGGUGACCAGGAGGAGCUGCACAUGCCCAGCAUCACCGGUGACCGGGCAACUUCGUUCUACUCUGCUUCAGUGCUCUGCGCCGCAGCCGGAUGUGACCACCGCGACUGUCACGGUGGUCCCUUCCUCGUUGUAUAUUUGGGCAACGAUGAGAGCCAGCCCAUCGUGCAUGCAUGCGUGUACUCAUCAGAGUCUGGUGCCUGGGUCACCAUGGUGUCUGCUCACAUAGGCUACAAUGACUUUUUUACUGCAUAUUGUGGCACCCUUAUCAGUGAUGAAAUUUACCAAGUAAUAAUUGGGGACGAUGAUGCAAUUUUGAAGUACGACUUGGGCAACCAUUGCUUAUCUGUGAUUGGCCUACCCGACGAGUCAGAUGACGGGGGCAUUGUCCCCAUGCCUACUGAGGAUGGUUCGCUUGGGCUUGCCAGCAUAAGUGCCUCCUGCCUUCAUCUGUGGUCGAGGAAGGUUAAUGAAGAUGGAAUUGCAGGAUGGGUACAAUGUAGGGUGGUUGACCUGCAGGCACUAUUACCCAUUGACAGCCCUUGUAAGCGAGCUUAUGUGAUUGGUUUCGCUGAAGGUGUCGGUGUCAUCUUCGUGACCACGGAGGUGGGCACCUUCACUGUGGAGCUCAAGUCAGGGAAGGUGAAGAAGAUUGUGCUCGCACCAAAUUGCCGUUGCUAG